AUGGUCACCGAACGUCAGCUUGGCGACGGCCAAGACGUUCGUGCUCAGCCCCCAAGAAAGAGGCGGCGGAUCGUGAUAUCUUGCACAGAGUGUCAUCGGCGGAAACAAAAGUGUGAUCGCGAGCUGCCAUGUCAGAACUGCAGGUCAAGGAACAAGGCAUGCACCUACGAGACCUCCGCUCCAACAGCUCGGGAGCAUCAACAACCUCAGGAGCAGCAGGUCAGGAAUCAUCCGGUAACAUCCUCAGAGGGUUCUCCUGGCGGCGAAAGUCACGAGCCUUUUUCGACCAGGGCUGCAGAUUGGGGCUACGGCCAAAAUGACGUCUCGACUAUGGGCUUCCUUAAGCAGAUUGAGACGGCUAACGGGGAUAUUCUCUCCUCCGCCAGUGCUAAACCCUCUACUCACAACUCACUUGGCGAUGAUUUCACGCUGAGGGAAAAGUACAAGAGCCUCAUUCGUCAACUGCCAGCUAAGAUCUACAUCGACAAACUCGUCGAGAUUUAUAUGCGCGGCCUCAACUGGCAGUACUCCUCCAUUGACCCCGACGUUUUCCGCCAGCAACUCGAUAAGUGGACCAAUCUCCCAUUUGCAGUUUUGUCGACCACUGGACCGCGAGGACUUUCGCCGGACCUCAGGGUGUUUCCCGCGGUGCUAUUCCAGAUGAUCGCUUCGGCGCUGCUGCUACUACCAGAGCGGCCGGACCCGGUAUUUGAUUCACUCAAGUACAUGGGAAGCAUGAAGUUUGAGGACUUGGCGGCCGAGUACAGUGACACGGGGGCGGCCAUCGUCGACCUCCUCGGAAAGAAACAUAUGUCACUGGAAACCGUCCAGGCGCAGUUCUUGAGGGCAACGUUCUUCAAGUAUACAGCUAGAGUUACCGAGGCGUGGCAUACAAUUUCUGUGGCGAUACGUGACGCCCAAGACUUAGGAAUGCACCGGGAUAACUUCGACCCCGAACCCAAAGACUCAAGUGUGGAGAGCAUCCUUGAGAAUCAGUGGUUGAUUCAACGGCGGAGGAAGAUGUACACUCUCCUUGCCAUCUGGGACAUCAAUUGUGCUCUUAUCCUUGGACGCCCAGGAACUGUGGAUUGGAAUCAAGUACUACCUACGCCCCCUAUCGACGCACCAAUACCAACGUGUCGCUCCAAGACGCCGGUGGUUCCUCGUGGUGAGACAGAACGGCCGACACCAAUUACGCGGAUCCUCUGGAAUGUCCAGCUCUCCAAGCCUUUACAGGCCAUCCGGAACCUAGAAAAUGAUAUACCUGGGCCUAAGGACUUCGACAAAGUCGAUAAGCUUCAUCAGAGUAUUCUAGACCUCCACGACAAGAUCCCCUCUGCGUUCCGACUGGAUGAACCUGACACACAAUGGGACGACGAGCCAGACAUGCAUUGGCUCCAGGCGUCUAGAUUUUACUUUGCUCAGUUGCACCAGUUCGGACUGAUGGCGCUACAUCGGUCAUAUGUCUUUCACCGGAAGGGGAGCCGGGCGGAGGCGAUUCAGGCCAGUCUGCGAAUGCUCGAGAUCCAGAAGAUGACGUAUCAAGGCCUGCCUCCCGAUACAUGGAGAAAUUACUUGCUCUUCUUUGGGAGUUUUGAUGCCAUCGUGUUGAUUGCGUCAAUCUACAUAUUAUUUCCGCACGAGCACCCCGAGCUUACGGGGAGCGUUUUACAGCAUUUCCAGUGGACGAUUGAGCGGUUUUCGGCAAUGCAGGAGCGUAAUCCUUUAGCAAGGGCUGCGCAAGGAGUGCUCAGAGCCAUAGUGGCGCGGUUCAAAACGGCCAUUUCUAAUCCCGCAGACAGCGGAAGCUCCCACACGCCCUCGACUGGCAUGAAGCCCGGUACCGACAGCAGCGUAUCAAUCACUACGGAUUCUACGCCGGAAACCUUUUCGUUGGAAUCGAGAGGCACGUUUGGGUACGCCCAGGCUCCGUCGUCAAACAUGGCAGCGGGGAUGAUGCCGUCGGCAGACAAUCUGGCGAUGCUGGCACCAAUGUUUCCCACGGGAGACCUCAUCUACAAUGAUCUAAACGCAGUACAAGACGACAUGGCUCCGCCACCAGCAAUGGGAGGGGAGAUGGAGGGCGCAGUCGGGACGGGGACAGACAAUGAUUUCGGGUGGCUCUUCGGAGGGGACUUGGAUGACACUGUGUGGCAGAUGUUGAACCAGUACCAACAAGCGGGGGACAUGGAUGGGCGAGUGGGAGUACUCUGA